AUGCUUGUCUGUGGAGACACUAAGUAUAAUGGGACUAAGCCAGGAGGGUACAAAACUGUCUAUAAUCCAUGGUAUCAAUUCCAAUCAAUAUGUUAUUUUUCAGAUAUGGAUGACUGCUCUCCAUGUCCAGAAGGUCAAUAUCCAAACCCUGACAAAAAUAUGUGCAUUCCAAAGCGGAUCACUUUUCUGUCCUAUGAAGAACCCCUGGGGAUCAGUCUGAUCAUUUUUUCCCUUUGCUUUUCUUUGAUGACAAUUUUGGUCAUCACAAUCUUCAUGAAACACAAAGACACUCCCAUCGUCAAAGCCAACAACCGGAAUCUCACCUACAUUCUCCUAGUUUCCCUCCUCCUCUCUUUCCUUUGUGUCUUUCUAUUUCUCGGGAGACCCAAUACAAUUGUGUGUCUCCUUCGACAGCCAGCUUUUGGACUCAUCUUUUCGGUGGCAGUUUCUUGUGUCUUAGCCAAAACCUUUGUUGUGGUUCUAGCUUUCACGGCCACCAAACCUGGUACCAGAUUGAGGAAAUGGGUGGGGGGAAGAAUAGUCAGUUUCAUUCUUCUAGCCUGCUCCCUUGUCCAAAUGUGUAUUUGUGCUGUGUGGCUGAUAACAUCCCCACCGUACCCAGAUUUUGAUGCAUACUCAAUAUCUGAAGAAAUCAUUCUGCAGUGCAAUGAAGAUUCGGUCAUGUUCUACUAUGUUUUGGGCUUUAUGGGUUUCCUUGGUCUAGUUAGUUUCUCUGCUGCUUUUCUAGCUAGGAAGUUACCUGACAGUUUCAAUGAAGCUCAAUUCAUCACCUUCAGCAUGUUGGUCUUCUGCAGUGUUUGGCUGUGCUUUAUCCCAACGUAUCUAAGCACAAGGGGAAAAUAUACAUUGGCUGUGGAGAUCUUCUCCAUGAUCUCCUCCAGUGCUGGAUUAUUGGUGUGCAUCUUUCUUCCCAAGUGUUUUAUCAUUGUGAUGAGACCUGAACUGAAUGAUAAACUUCAGCUCAUGAAGAGAAAGUUUUAA